CAUUAUAUUUACGUUGUUUCUGUACUUUAGAGCAAGCAACAAAGUUCAAUAUGCCUGAGCCAGCGAAAUCUGCUCCAGCGCCUAAGAAAGGGUCUAAGAAAGCUGUUACUAAGACUCAGAAGAAAGGUGAUAAGAAGCGCAGAAAGACAAGGAAAGAAAGUUAUUCUAUCUACGUGUAUAAAGUGUUGAAGCAAGUUCAUCCAGACACUGGUAUUUCUUCUAAAGCUAUGGGCAUCAUGAACUCGUUUGUGAACGAUAUUUUCGAGCGUAUCGCAGGGGAGGCGUCUCGUCUGGCCCAUUAUAACAAGCGCUCCACCAUCACUUCCCGAGAGAUUCAGACCGCUGUAAGAUUGCUGCUUCCGGGCGAGUUAGCUAAACACGCAGUGUCUGAGGGCACUAAGGCUGUUACCAAGUAUACCAGCUCUAAGUAGAUUCUCUCAGAGAACAGAAAACCCAAAGGCUCUUUUAAGAGCCACCCACGUUUUCAAUAACAGAGCUCAAAACACUUGUUUUCGUUGUCCAGGGUAAGUGUGAUUGUUCCUUUAGAGAAAAUACAUGUUUUAAAAAUCUAAAUUAAAUCUUAAAUGUUAUAGAAAAUGUACACUAAAUAUUUAAAUUGCAAAGAAGUCUAAAAUGUUUAUUUUGAUCAAAGGUUCUCGCCUCAACUUUUCAACGUACAUGCUUGGAAGCAUUCGAAUAAAAUAUGAAUAUAUGAGUUUGCAUGCUUAAUAUUCAAAGCAUCUUGUUAGGUUUUUACUUAUACAAAUCCCUGGUUGAGUUCAUGUAUGCAUCUUGGUUUUCGGGAAAGUAAAACAGUUACAGGACAGUAUUACUAUAAAAUACAAUUAUUUUUAUUAAAUCGUUAAGAAACUAUGUCGCUUAUUUUGUGAGUGUGGAGAGGAGAAAGGUUGUAGGUAACACCAAAGUGUACUGAGUCCUGAACCCGCCGAUCUGGAUUCCACCACGUGAGGGUCACACUGUCCCCAUUACCUGGCCCACUUACUCAUACUCAUGAUUGUGUAUAACCCACUAUAUGAGCGAUGUACCCUCAUUGCUCCCCUACUAUAUCCUGAACCCACCCACCGUGCACCCGCAUUGGGGACAUUACAGACUGUAUGUAUUA